UGUUGCAAGUAAUUGGUGAUUAAACAAUUUGUCUUCAUAGGCCUGAGAAUUUGAUUUACAUUUGUUAUUAAUUUUGCUCGGUAAAUAAAAGCAUGCAUUGCGCGGUAAAAUAUUGUGCAUGAAUGAAACGGAUUUUGAGAUAUAGACUAAUAUGGCUUCGUCUGUUUUUGUGUUGCUGUCGGGACUUCAAAUUUUGUCCCUUGCAGGCUAUAUCUAUUGUCAGUGGGGAUGGGAAUUACCGUCCCGGUAUAGGUGCGUAGAACGCCCGGUGCAAGCGGUAUGCAGACUAGCAGCUAAUCCAAAUCUACCUCUCUAUCCGGAUAUAUCGGGCAUUAUCGUGUUCACACAAAGAAUUACAUGUUAUGGACACUACUCCUUACAAACAAAGAUCAGUAUAUCGGGUUUGCCGGCGGACGGAAACUGGACGUAUCACGGACUUCAUAUCCACCAGUCAGGAGACAUGUCCAAUGGUUGCGAGUCCAUGGGUCCGCACUUUAAUCCAUAUGGGACGACCCAUGGUUCUCAAAGGGACCCGUCAAAUCGGCGUCACGUAGGUGACUUUGGUAACGUAGUAAAGGACCCGUAUGGUAACAUACAGGGAGCAGUAUUUGACAAUUUAGCUAGUCUUGUGGGUAGAACGUCAAUUCUCCGUCGCGGAGUUGUGUUGCACGAGGGCGAGGAUGAUCUCGGGCGUGGCCUUAACGAGGAAAGUUUACGCACGGGGAACGCUGGUAGAAGACUGGCCUGCUGUUUUAUACAAUCAUUGUAAAAUGCGACUUAAACCAUAGUCCGCGGGCGGAGUACGGGAAUAAAACAGUUUCAAAUUGCAACGCACCUGUUUAAUCUAACUAAUUUUUUGUACAUAACAUUGUUUAAAGUCAUUGUAACGUGUAAUGUGAUUGAAAACUGCACCGGAAAAUAACAACAAGGUAAUAAUCAAUCAGCGACAUGAAAGGACGUCGCCAAAUAAAACAAGAGACUGAUGCAUGCUAAGAUAUUUUUUCGUGCAUUUACACAAAGGCAUAUUUUAAAGAAUUAAAUAUCUAAUAUUUACAUAAUGCACCCUGUCCACACACGUUUUAAGUUUAUGCUGAUAUUUCAAAGUGUUUGUACUCAUAGAAACCACACUUUUGGUGAAUAAAGUAUAACAAGAGUCGGAUGCCUUUGUUAUUCGUGGAGUGAACUUGUAGAAAAAAUAUUGCGUAGGAACAGUUUGCUGUAUUUUCAAUAUUUGACGUAUUUAACAAUUUUAAGAACAAAAAGUUCAGUACCAACAGAUAUUAUAUAAAUCACACGUACGUAGAACAUUUUC